AUGGCGGCGGGUUGGCAGGAGGUGGCGCAGGCCCUCACAGCUGCCGUCACCCCCGUCUCAUCCAAUGAAGACGCCACUGUAAUCGAGACCUGGGCCCUGAAGUUGGCCCAGCUCUUGGAUCCUUGGCCUGCGACCCAGAUGAUACACGUCAUUCGCCUCAUUGCCUACAAGAUGCAAAUGGCCUUGCUCCACCAUGCGACAGCCGUGCAAAUACAAAACUUGCUGCAUGCAGACCCCACCAACGUCGCCGCAGCCCUGCCGCCUUUUGACGCUUUUUUGCAACAACUACACGCGUGGCACACCUUUGCCCAGAGCUUGGCCGGGGCCCUCACCAACCUCGACACUCGACACCAGCUCCAGUCGGCCUUGAUGCAGGCACUCGAGACAACUCUGGACACGGUGACCCUCCAACGCAAACAUGACCUUUUGACGCGUCUGUACGCCCAUGACCUGGCCCAGUGCCUCUCUGCUCUUGCGCCAUCAAGCUGCAGUGACGAUGACGAUGACGAUGAUGAUGAGGAAGAUGACGAUGGCGACAGUCGGGAUGAUGGACCACCCCGGCUCUCAGGUGCAGAUGAUACUGCACGACGAGCUAGUCUGACUGCCGCCCUGCAGUCGCACCUCUAUACUGCCUUACCCGUUGCCACCCGGAGGCAAACCGCGCUGCCCGCUCUGCACACAGCCCUUAGCUCUGUUGUCGCCACGCGAAUUGCCCGUUUUAAAGGAGACUUUGAGACCAACGUGCUGGCCAACGUUGACAAGCUGAUCAAAGGCCUCGUCCCAUAUUUUGAAACCACCUUGGAUUGUUCACUUGACGUCCGUUCCAUCCAGCGCCACGUCUACCAUGUUCUUGGCCGACAGCGUAUCGCUGAGCUCUUUGACAUUAUCGUCGACUACCCAGAUUCCAUCCCGGCUAUCCGCAACCUUCGUACCUGCCUAGAGCAGUGCGAUUUGCGCGACGCGCUGGUUCACCAACUCUCCGCCGCCAUUCAGAAGCGCCUGUUGCACGUGGGUGCGCAAACAGCUGACAUCAUUUCCCAGUACAUUUCAACUGUUCACGUUCUCAACUUCCUCGACGCAUCAGGUGGCAUCUUGAACCGAGUGGGCCCGCUCAUUCGUGACUAUCUUCAGAAACGCACCGACACGGUGAAGAACGUCAUCGAAGCCAUCACCGAUGAAAAUACUGCCGAACCAGAUGCCCUUCGGGAUGAGCAGACCGUUGUGCAAUGGCUCCCAGAGCCGUGGGACGGUGUCUCUCCCAUGUCCAAGCUUGACCAAGUCCAGCAGCUCAUGAAUGAUCCCAUCCAGCUGCUGAUCAGCAUUUACGGCGAUCCAGAGACCUUGUUAUCUCAGUAUCGCAACGUCUUGGCCAAGAGGCUACUGGAAAGUCGAUCCUUUGCCACCACUGAGUCAGUGCAAAAUGGCUCAACCCAUGCACAUCAUGCAUGUCACUCCACCCAGCCCCCAGAUCCAACGACUCACGCCCGUGCCCGUCCCCGUGCCCCUGCCCGUGCCCGUGUUGAUAGCGAGACGCGUUUGCUGGAAACGCUUAAAGUUCGCUUUGGCGAAGAUGCCCUCGUCAACUGUGAUAUCUUGAUCAAGGACGUCAACGAAUCUCGCCGCGUUCAUCAAAGCUUUAGCCAACAACCUGUGCCGGAAACUCCAGCCGCUCCCUUAUCCAAGGAUCAAGUCAACGUUUUGGUCCUCUCUCGUUUGUACUGGCCGGGACUCCAAACCAGCACCGUCAAUUUUCGACUACCAGAUGGCCUAGAGCAGUACUUGGAAGAAUACAAGACGUCCUACAGCCGUCUCAAAGCCGGCCGUCACCUCGAGCUUCGUCCAAACGAAGGAACCGUGGAAUUACAAUUGGAGGCCGGCGGAAAGCAGCUGGAUCUCGUGGUCAGCCCAUUGGCAGCCUGCAUCAUCAAUCUGUUUGAGCAGCAGCCCGAGUGGUCUUUGCAGGCUCUAGCUAAAAAGCUCGAGUGCACGGGCCCCGUUGUCCGCAGCAAGCUUGCGUAUUGGGUCGGUCUUGGUUUGGUGCGGGAAACCCAACCAGACAAAUUUCUCUUGGAUGAAGAUCAUUUUGCUCACCAUCACGCGAGCUCCAUUACGCAGCGCUUUGACAUGCUGAUUCGUAACCUUGGACUUGUGUUGGACUUGUGGCUGUUGAUUGGUGCUCGGGCCGCAGGUGGUGACGGGCAUCACGAAACCCAUGAAGAGGCGGCAGCUGUCGGUGAUGGCGCAGACGAUCCGCUCGAAUCCCCCCAAGCCAUCGUGGUCCUCCGUUUUGUCGAGGGCAUGCUCCGAAACGCUGCCUCGCUACCGCUUGAACGCAUCCAUGUCAUGCUGAGCAUGUUUAUGCAGGGUGAUCAGGCAUUCAAUGGCGACGUCAAGGUGAGGGGCUGA